AUGAACGAGCAGCAACAGUUUCAGCAGCAUCAGGAGCCGAUGAUGAAUAUGGAUAUGAGGAAGAAGAGGGAGAAGAAGAAAGCCACAGAAAAAGAGAGUCUUGAAAUAGUGGACUUGAGUGGCUUGUCCUUGGAGUCUCUUCCCAAACUUUCGCUUGAUUUAGCUACCAUUUGCAAGUUGGACCUAUCUAAUAACAAUCUCCAGAACAUUCCGGAGUCCUUAACGGCGAGACUACUGAACAUGGUGGUGUUGGAUGUGCACUCCAACCAGCUCAGGACCCUCCCCAAUUCCAUUGGUUGCCUCUCUAAGCUCAAGAUUUUGAAUGUCUCUGGCAACUUCAUCGAAUCUCUUCCUAUAACGAUUGAGAAUUGCAGAGCCUUAGAAGAACUUAAUGCCAACUUCAACAAGUUGACCAAGCUGCCAGACACAAUAGGGUUUGAGCUCAUAAACCUCAAGAAGCUCGCAGUCAACUCCAACAAGCUGAUGUUCCUUCCAAGCUCAACCUCUCACCUAACAGCUUUAACGGUUCUUGACGCACGCCUGAACUGCCUCAGGGCUCUACCAGAGGAUCUUGAGAACCUCAUAAACCUUGAGACUCUGAAUGUGAGCCAGAACUUCCAGUACUUGGAGUCAUUACCCUACUCCAUAGGGCUCCUCUUGUCUCUGAUUGAACUGGACGUUAGCUAUAACACGAUCAAGACAUUGCCUGACUCCAUUGGAUGCCUCAAGAAGCUCCAGAAGCUAAGUGUACAAGGAAACCCACUUACUUCGCCUCCAAUGGAGGUGGUGGAGCAAGGGCUGCAUGUGGUGAAGGAGUACAUGUGCCAGAAGAUUAACUCAAGCCAUCAAAGCACAACCAAGAAGAGGUCUUGGGUGCGGAAGUUGAUGAAACUUGGGACCUUCAAUGGACACACGAAAAUUAGGAAACGACCAGAAAAUGAGGGUUUUAACAAGCUUAAGUAUCAGUCCAUCGAUGGUCUUGCUUCUCCUGGCUUCAUGGGGAUGUUCUCACCUCUUCGCCUCUUCUCACCCCGUCGUUCCUUCAGUUGA